AUGCAGCGAGCCAAAGUUAGGAGAGACCAGCUGACCAGAAGCAAGCCUUGUUCUCCGUUGUGUAAUCCACAGACUCUCCACACAGGGAAAGUGUACAGCCUGCCGGAAAUUAAUAAAGAAGAAGAAUGUAGUUUGUCUCGCAGGCCCCGCCCAUGGAUCUAUUGGCCCCGCCUUCUCGUGUCGUUUCCGGGGACGCCAUUUCGCGUCAGUCUCAGGCCCAGGACCGCACUUCUGUCUUCUUUCUCCGUGAAGUUUUUCUUUUUUUCUUUAAUUCCUGACUGGAUUCAGUUGCCAGAAGAUUCACAACCAGCCACCCUGGAAGGCCACCUGUUGCCCAUUGCCUCAGGAAGCAUUCUGUCAGCUUUGAAAAGAAGCCUUGGGUUUGAAGAGUGA